AUGGCAGGACUGUUCUACAGCCUACACUACACUACAGCCUACACUACACUACAGCCUACACUACACUACAGCCUACACUACAGUGUACACUACAGCCUACACUACAGCGUACACUACAGCCUACACUACACUACGGACUACACUACACUACAGCCUACACUACACUACAGCCUAUACUACACUACAGCCUACACUACAGUGUACACUACAGCCUACACUACAGCGUACACUACAGCCUACACUACACUACAGACUACACUACACUACAGCCUACACUACACUACAGCCUAUACUACAGUGUACACUACAGCCUACACUACAGCGUACACUACAGCCUACACUACACUACAGCCUACACUACACUACAGCCUAUACUACACUACAGCCUACACUACAGUGUACACUACAGCCUACACUACAGCGUACACUACAGCCUACACUACACUACAGACUACACUACACUACAGCUGGCACUACAGCCUACACUACACUACAGCCUACACUACACUACAGCCUAUACUACACUACAGCCUACACUACACUACAGCCUACACUACACUACAGCCUACACUACAGCGUACACUACAGCCUACACUACACUACAGCCUACACUACACUACAGCCUAUACUACACUACAGCCUACACUACAGUGUACACUACAGCCUACACUACAGCGUACACUACAGCCUACACUACACUACAGACUACACUACACUACAGACUAUACUACACUACAGCCUACACUACACUACAGCCUACACUACAGUGUACACUACAGCUGGCACUACAGCCUACACUACAGCCUACACUACACUACAGACUACACUACACUACAGCUGGCACUACAGCCUACACUACACUACAGCCUACACUACACUACAGCCUACACUACACUACAGCCUACACUACAGUGUACACUACAGCCUACACUACAGCGUACACUACAGCCUACACUACACUACAGACUACACUACACUACAGACUACACUACACUACAGCCUACACUACAGUGUACACUACAGCCUACACUACACUACAGACUACACUACACUACAGCUGGCACUACAGCCUACACUACACUACAGCCUACACUACACUACAGCCUAUACUACACUACAGCCUAUACUACACUACAGCCUACACUACAGUGUACACUACAGCCUACACUACAGCGUACACUACAGCCUACACUACACUACAGACUACACUACACUACAGCCUACACUACACUACAGCAUAUACUACACUACAGCCUACACUACAGCGUACACUACAGCCUACACUACACUACAGACUACACUACACUACAGCCUACACUACACUACGGACUAUACUACACUACAGCCUACACUACAGUGUACACUACAGCUGGCACUACAGCCUACACUACAGCCUACACUACACUACAGACUACACUACACUACAGCUGGCACUACAGCCUACACUACACUACAGCCUACACUACACUACAGCCUAUACUACACUACAGCCUACACUACAGUGUACACUACAGCCUACACUACAGCGUACACUACAGCCUACACUACACUACAGACUACACUACACUACAGCUGGCACUACACUACAGCCUACACUACACUACAGCCUACACUACACUACAGCCUACACUAUACUACAGCCUACACUACACUACAGCCUAUACUACACUACACUACAGCCUAUACUACACUACACUACACUACAGCCUACACUACACUAUAGCCGGCACCACCAGGCUCCGUUCAUCACACUGUCUGAGCCACCCAUGUUCUACCAACACCGGCCACCUUCAGCUUCCAAUGAGUAAGGGACCAGGAAAGGAAAGUGGCUCUACUUUUUGA